UUGGAAGUGUGCGCACAGCGCUAUGUAAACAAUCGAGACGUAAAGUGCCACGAUCGCGAAUUCCCCGGCGUGCCAACCGCAUAAGCGACGAUGUAGAACGUUAACGCAUAAUUCGCGGCUAUGACGCCGUCGCGACAGUUACGUCCGAUCGUUGUUAUCGGUUCGGCAGCAAUCGUCGCCGUCGCUGCGGUGAUCUUUUCGCUGACGUGCUACCGCAGUGACGGGCCUCUCGAUAGAUUGUCGAACUGUUACGCAUUGAUCGAUCGCCUGAAGAACACUGAGUUUGCUUUCGCGUACGCGAACGUCGGGGCAUUACUCGCUUCGAUAGGUUUCGGUCGAGAGAGUAGAGAAUGGGAGAGCCGAAACGUCACGAUACGAAGCUCCUUCCGAGGCAUAGACGUGAGUUCGCUGACGAAAAACGUCGCCGAAGAGGUGUUGUCGGACUCCAACAGCAGCCUUCGUGCCCUCCUGUCAUGGAACGAACCUCAGCAGCACGUAAGAACAGUGCCGCUGUCCAGGUUUUCGGCCUUCCUGCCACCUCGCGGUAACAUUCACUGUAAUCCCUGGUGGCUAGUGGAGGGGAAAGGCUCGCGGAACUCCGAUGGACACGUGCACGCAGAUAUAUACGAACCGUCGGCGUGUGGAACGCCAGCUGAGGCCCUACUUGGCGAGCUCUUCGGCAUGUUUCAUCGAAACGUCUUUCUUGAUACGAGAGCGGCACCAGCUGGGACUGCUGCAGUUGUUAUGAGAAGUGGGAACGGCACGCUGGAUAUCCUCUUCAGAUCCCACGUCGAGUUCCAGAUCAGCUCACCACCGUUGAAGCCGCUUUGGUUUACACCCGCCCAGUUCCAAGGCCGAGUAGUGAUCAGCGAUGAUGGCUCUGCGCUGCAUCACUUUGAGGCUUACGUCCCUACCAACCGGCAGCUCAACGUUGAUUUGGAAUGGCUAGUGGAAGAGCACAACAGGGACGUCCAGCGAACUGAAGUGGAUAUUGGAAAGGUUGCUGAAAUGUCACUCAGCCUGGACUCUCCCGGUGGGCAGCUUGCCGAAAUGCACUCGUCAUUGAUAAGCUCUGACAAAAAGGACGAGGCACUCAGAAAGCUGCAUCAAAUGUUUUUCCCAUUCCUCAAGGUUCCGUACCACAACCUGAGUGCAGCGGCGGCAGAAGCCAAGCGGCACGAAAAGCUAGUCCACUCCAUCGUCACUUGGGGUCCGCUGGAUGACCAGUCGUGCUGAGGAAGUGCUCGGACCCUGCGUCAGGGUCCGCUCGCUUCCUCCGCGGUUCAAGAGCUUCUGCAGGCUUACUUUGUCAGCUCGUGGAGCCUGACUGCCGAGCUACAGGUGUACGCCAGCUUCAAAUCUGAUCGAGCAACGAAAGAAAUGGCUGCCGCCUGCCUCAACGAGUACAAGUUUCCCGUCCAGAUUGUGUGCCUUCUACCAAAUGCUAUAGUAGUCGACAGCAUUUGCGCCAACGACCUUGUCGCUGUCGACGACGUCGACGAAGCAAAACUCGAAGGCUUCUCCGACCCCAUCGAAAUGGCUUACCAUCACUUCCUCAGCAGCUGCGUCACAAAAGCCAGAACCAAGCACUUUUUCGAGGCCUCCUAAACCUUUGCCUGUUGUAAAAUGUAUUGUGCACUGUAAUCAAAGUUUUUCACGAAAGGGCCUUUUUGCUUUAGCACCUGGUAGCUACCAAAUGAAAUGAAAACUAUAUUUUAUGUAGCACUCUAAUCAAAUGGUCAUGCUAUGCCGUACCUUUCACAUACCGCACGUUAAUCUUGCGGUAAUUAGAGUGAAAUCUUGUUAUAGUGAACUUAUCUUUGUCAUGGUCACUAACGUGAGCACCAGAAACGAAAAUUAACAAAUGAACUUGUGCAAAACAUGCAAAGGCGUGAUGCUAGUAAGGAAGGGUAUGUUGUUGAUAUUGACUGCCUCAUAGCUUGCACCCCACAGUUUACACGUUAGUUACGCUAAAUUACAAAAACCGUUUUGCAUCAUCGUUAUUAUAUAUGCAAAUUUACUAUAAAUGAUGUCACGCAAUACCGACUUGUUCGACAAUGUCAUACAUUGAAAGGUUGUCCGUUACGAGUUGCAGAAUGCACGCUUAAACAACACUUGCUGUUUUGCUUCUAGCAGCUCAAGCUUAGCAUGAAUUAUGCUAGCGACUCAAGCUUAGCCUUUAUGUGAAAUCAAAGUAUUUACCUACACACAUACACACCCGACAUCUACAUUUCUUCUUUUCCUGUGAUAGCCUACUCACUGUGAUACGACACCAACCAACCACCACAAAUUUUACCCUUCAAAACUGCACUUCGCAGACUGCAUCUGUAUAUAAGAAAAUGUUCGUCAAUAACACAAGCUAAUGGGGAAGAGGUUAGAACAAAUGCUGUCGUGACUCUCGCAUUGAAAGUUGGAAUCGCGUGACAUCACUUCUCUGGUUCAAAGAGUACACAUGGCGGUUGGAGAGCCACAUUCUGCAGCGAAAAGCCUAAUUCUGUUCACCCUGGUGUAAUGCCUCGAGACAAUAUGAGUGUGGCGUAAAUAAAUGCGCAAGUAAUGGUGGUGGCCUGUGAUGUCAAAAAAAGGGGGUAGAGAUGUUUACACUGGCCGAGUAAAGAUUGGGAAACACCGAGGCUGGUUGAUAUGGGGGGCUUGACAAGACUUUCACUGAUUCUAGGUCUCGGCGUAGGCAAAGUAGAGUCAAACCGCGGCCCGUCACAGACCUUGCAAAAAUGUUCGAAAUCCGGUGCCAGAAGUAACGGGCAAAGCUGGCUGCGGCACCCCCAUUGGAAGUGCAGGCCUUUCGCAGAUCAUACUCGGCCGUUGCGCAGCCGAUAAACAAUGGUGGGGAGCGUUCUUUUAGGCAUACCAUGUUUUACCUUGAGCUGAUUUCACCUUGAGUCUAAUCAUCACAGUUCAUGUUUUAUCUGGAACUCACUCAGAUAAAAAAUAUGCCCUGUCAUUUGUGCUAUCAUGCACUGGUGAGACAAGACAAAAUUGUGCGGCCCAGUUUGCUGGUGCAGGAAAAUUAUAAAAGAGCUGACCGCAAAUGUUUUUCAUUGGACGCGUGGUAAAUGUUUAACAUUGCCACAGAGGUUUGGCUAGCUACAGCAUUGAUGACAAAUGAAGUGAUUAGGUCUGUUGCACUAUAAAAUAAUUUAUUGUGCCGGCAAGAGAGACGAAUCUUGGGGUGUGUACAUAGCUAGCAGUAGCGAUGUUUCAUCGCUCCACAAGAAUCAUAAACGAGGAACGUACCAAGAAAUCCCCAUCCACUGUGCAGUGCCCCUUUGUCGCUUGAGUAAACCAGAGGCCUAAAGUUUAAUCGAUACAUUGUGGCGAUGCGGGCGUCACUGCCCAUUCGUUUUUUUUACGUGCCUCGCUUCAUGUCGACCUCUUUGUACUUUUGUAAGCAAUUUGGUUUUGCAGACGUACACAUUUUUAAGAUUUUCUUCCAGAGCCUGUUUUUUCCAGCCAUCACACUUCCGUACAACCUGCGGUGCUGUCUCUGUACUCAACAUAGAGCAAAAUCUGGUACAAGCCAGCACAGAGAAUUUGCCAGGCAAUCUUGUACAAAGCAUAAAACAUGAAAAUUUAAGACGAAAGUAAGGGCUCUUACAUAAAAAUCACGCAACUGACUGAAAUUUCACAACAGUACGACGUGAAAAUAAAGUUUGCGUGACAUCAGCUAACCAUAUGUUUAGGCACGUGAUCCAACUUUCUCUCGUUCAGGUGUGAACGGCAUCCAACGCAAACAAACGCCUUCACAACCUACACCACAAGACAUUUCCUGUACAGCUUUUCUACUGCAAUAAUUUUGUGUAACUCAGCAAUACUCUUUGUUUGCCGGACUAAAAGCGUAUUGCCUAAUGCUUUCCACCUUUUGUCGUUGUGUGCAGCUUGUGCAAACAGUCGCAUUUACAGUAAAAGCUUGUUAUUCGAAUUCAAAAGCAACUCUGAAAUUGUUUGAAUUGAGAGAAAUGUGAAUUAGCAGGCAUGUGCUAGAAUGAACGAACAUUACACCACACUGCGUGGGCCCAAAAAAAGCCACCUCUGGACUCAUUAUCACAAAUUAGGCAUUACGUACUACACAUUUGUGGCUGCUUAUUUUGUAAGUGAGGUUAAUAAAGCUCCAACAGCAAAAAUUAAGUGAUCAACGAGCGAUGGGUCAUAAAGUAGCACAAACAUGCAUUGGUGUGAGCAGAGAGCCUCAACGUCAGCGCGCGGCAAUAUGUGGCGCGACUUAUGCCCCAAAACAUAUUUAUUUACAUGGCAGAGUUAAUGCAACCGAAAUUAAGUGGUCAGUAAUUUGCUUUCGCUUGCGUUCCUUCUGUCGCGACAGGAUGAGUAUCGUUUACAGCUAGCCCAAGACUUCCGGCGCAGCGUCUGAAUUCUCGUCUGCUGAGAAAUGCUGCUGUUUUGUUGUUUUGCAUCUCUAGUAAAUUUGGUUUGGUUUUGCAACACAUCGCGAUCUCUGUGAACCGACAUCUGCGAGGAGUGAUGACAACCAGGGGCUCCCAAUUUGUAUUAGCCACUCUGGUUACCGACUUGUUGGAAUUAUCGGGAGUUUGCCCCCCACAGAAAUACACGGGGCCGUUCCGAGACUUGGGCGUCAGUUCGAAUUAAGUGAGUAGCAUUAACGAGCUUUUACUCUACAAACUUGGCGAUUGUGCUCAACAAGGGAACGUUGCAUGAAUUUCGUUACAUUAAAAACACUGUUCGCCAAGUUUCACGGGUACAAGAAUAGACGUGUAGAUCACAUGGUCACAUUUAAGUUUGCUAAGUCCCACAUUGAUGUAUGCCUUAAAAACCGUUGACAAUUACAACAGAAGCCUGUAUGCAUUUCUGCUCGAUGGAUUUGCUCUAUGGCCUGUUGUUGGGAAGUCAUGACUUGUGUGUUUUUUGCCACAAGUGUGAUAACAGUACUACGCUAACAUUAGAAAUCCGUAAGAACGUACCAGUUCACAACGAAGAACACACAUUGUCUUGUGUGUUUUCUUUUUUGUCCGUGUUUUGCAUGCCUGCAUUCUUUUAGAUUCUUUUUUUUAAUGAUGAAUCCUUACCACCUGCUAGCUCAGCUUUUUAGUAUUCCAAGAACUUGAGAGAAUCUCGUGAAUUACAAGGUAACGCAGAACCUACUUCGGAAAUGUGCCAUUGCAAAAAUAAGCAUUGCUGUAGAUAUUGCUGAUGUGACAAAUAGCCAUAUUUUUGUAGCACAGUGGAGCGCUAGUACAAAUGCUGAACAUGUUGCGUAUUGUGGCAGAUACUCUUUUCCACCAUCACCAUUUUCUGUAAGCCAGCAGCACCUUAUUGCUCAAAGUGCGCAAAAUAUAAAGCGCAGUGCCUUAAAAUUUCAGACGAACGCAGCGGCAUUUCUGUUUAGAAGAGCGUGCAAAGAGCUUCACCGAUCUGCCCUCCUAAACUCUUGGGACACGAAGAGCUUUUAUAGUGUUCAUGCAGUGGUACCAGUAUCGAACUAAUUUGGUUUGCUGUUCGCGUUCUACAUACUAAUCAUGUUUCAAUGCCAGAGGUAAAGCUUUGACAAAGCUAAGUGGUCUGAUCUCACCUCCGCAGGACUGUUACACAUCAGUAAUCGCGUACCUUGCUGCUUGUGGACCAAUAUACAACUGUAACAAGAGUUGAAGGUGAUGAAGACGCUGAAGAUUUUUCUUCAACACUUAUCCGAUUACGUUGAUACUGAUUAGUUUGCAUGCAGAACGACAUUUCGGGCUGCCUACUUUUACAGGAAGCACAUCUAAACUAUUCUUUCCGGUGAAUGUACGAUUGCCCAGCUCUCAAGUGAAUUACUUGUGAUUGGGAACACUGCAGCGUAUCUGCACAGUUCAUUGAUAUAAUUAUCAGCCAGCACACCUAGAUAAUCAACUGGCCUAUUCUAUGGGUCUAUUCUAUAGCUACGUAAGCUUAUUUUAUAGCUUUGAAGAUGCAUAUUGUGUCUUUGUACAGUCAGUGACAAUGUAGUGUUUAAGUGACACGCCGCCAACUAUGGUCAUUUUCGCGACGUCGAAUGUAUAUGUUUGUUUAGAGGUAAAGACAACCGUGAAAAUCCACCUUGUGUCGUUCGUGUUUUCAGAUGAAACAAACAUCCUGGCUAAUUUUAUAGAUUACUUUUUUUACAUCAGUUUUUAUUGAAGGAUAAUAUAUUUAAAGAAACAACAAAAUUUUAUCUUUCGGUAAGUCAAGCUGUUAUAUUAGCAGAGCUAGAAUACUAUAGAUGACAAUGUACUCCAGUUUGCACAGUUCUUUCGGUGAUAAAGCAAUUGUUCAGCAUUGUCUUGUGGGCUGGAUCUUGCAUGAAUUUCUCAUGUUAUCACCAAAUACAGCACGUCGUUUCGGUGCAAUGUACCCAAUACCUUUGCGCAAGUACUACGUAACUUCACCUUCGACCAGUCCCGCGCAGUCGAAUUACAACUUUGCCACGAGCGGUUCUGCGAAUGUGCCGCCCGUAAAUGUACUGCUUUGACUAUCAUGUGGCAUCCUCAGAGUUGGCACAAUUGAAAACAGCAAGGUGUGCCUUAGAAUGCUUGGAAUAAUUGAUAUGUCUAGGGGUGUGUGAAUGUUAAGAACUUCAUAGCGAUGAAGCGAUUGUUGACCCAUUUGAUUUGGUCUUUCAAUUGAAUCAUCACUACUUCUGACUGUAAACAAUGUUUCAAAUAGUUUUUGAAUACUGAAAUUCAGCAGCUGUAUAAUAUCAAAUGUACAAUUUGAGGCAAAGUUUGAUAAUUUCGUCUUGCAGACCAUGGUAGGCACAAAGCGUGAAUUACAAGGGAGCAUGCCAAGUCGGCAGCUAGAACUUUUUUAGCUAAACUGCACAUUAGUUAAUAAAAAAGUACUGAAAACAAAAAUAAACUGCCCACUUGUUUCUAGUAGCCUUGUGCUUUUAAUGUACGGUUCAUAAUCUGCUACAGUGACAAACUUAGUAAUUUCAUACCCAGCAACCGACUGGCAACUGUGUGAUCUGGCAAAAACGUUAAAUCGAAAAAAUACAAUGUACACAUGAUUACUGGUUCUCAGCGUAACAAUGUAAACAGCUGUUCAUUAUUUGAAAACUAUUCUGUUGACUGCUGGUGCUAAUAGUUCAAUAUUUUAAGCCUCAAAACUUACUAUGUGUACAACCCUAACUGACCUUGCCGAAAAAAAAAAAAAAUAGGGUGUCAGAACAUUGCAAGCUGAGGUGACCUUUUGCUCACUGUUGGUGCCUUCAUUUUAAUUUUUUUUGUUCCAUAACUUUUGUUGCAAAUAGCAUUGGUUUGCUGGCAGCAGCCUUCAUAAUUCACAAAGCUUCUGUACGAAAAGAAAAAUGUGUUCAAGAAUGCUGGCAUUUAGUAGUCUGCUGGACAAAGUCUGUUGUUUUUCCAGCACGCUGUCGAUGCAAAUGUGAAAAAUCUCGUCACCAAGAUGUUUUCAUUUGUGUUCUCCAUUUUCGUUUUGUAUUCUUCGUUCUCACUGAAAUAACGAGGAAAAAAAGCAAACGCUCAAGUUUGUCUGCCUUAUGAAGUUGCCUUUCAAAACCGUCCGUGACGGCGAAGGAUGACGGAUGCUUUUUGCAGACCGCUUGUGUUGUUUGAAUAAAAUAUGUUAAGUUUGCGAUUUGCAAUGUUUGUCAUUUCAUUGGAAGUAAUGAACUCUCAAGUGACAGUGCAGUACACUCUUGUUAUAUAGAGUCUAAAUAAACCAUGGAUAAUA